CCGCCAGCCAUGGCCACCGCGCCGCUCUCACAAGUGCGCCAGAACUACCACCCCGACUGCGAGGCCGCCAUCAACAGCCAGAUCAACCUGGAGCUCUACGCCUCCUACGUGUACCUGUCCAUGGCCUUCUACUUCGACCGCGACGACGUGGCCUUGAAGAACUUCGCCCAGUUCUUCCUGCGCCAGUCCCGCGAGGAGACCGAGCAUGCCGAGAAGCUGAUGCAGCUGCAGAACCAGCGCGGCGGCCGCAUCCGCCUCCGCGACAUCAAGAAGCCAGACCGCGACGACUGGGAGAGCGGCCUGAAGGCCAUGGAGUGCGCCCUGCACCUGGAGAAGAGCGUGAACCAGUGCCUGCUCGACCUGCACCAGCUGGCCACCGACAAGAACGACGCCCACCUGUGCGACUUCCUGGAGAACCACUACCUGCACGAGCAAGUCAAGUGCAUCAAAGAGCUGGGGGGCUAUGUCACCAACCUGCGCAAGAUGCGGGCUCCCGAAGACGGCAUGGCAGAGUACCUCUUUGACAAGCUCACCCUGGGCGACAGCGACAAAAAGAACUGA